AUGGCUGGGACCUGGGAGAUGCAGCUGUUCCUUCUGUGCUUCACACCAGCUCUUCUGGCGGCCGUGAAGAUCAACGCCAAGGGUCGGGAGGUGAUCUACCUAGCCCAGGGCGAGUCGGUCAAGCUGGGCUGUCCGUACGAGCUAGAGCCAGAGGAUCAGGGCCCCAACGGGCUGGACAUUGAAUGGACCCAGCUGAAUGCUGACCCCACAAGCCUGGACAGUGUGAUCCUUAGCUACCAAGGACAACAGGUGAUCCACCCCGGAUACCCUUACGUGCAGCAGAGGGGGGGUCCCCGGGUAAACUUUGCCCUCCCAGACCCCAGCCAGUACGACGCCUCCAUCAACCUGCAGAACGUGCAGACUUCUGACUCGGCGACCUACGAGUGCAAGGUGAAGAAAACCACCGUGGCUACUCGCAAGGUGACCAUCACAGUGCUCGAGAGACCAUCUACUCCCCAGUGCUCGAUAGAGGGCCGGGUGGCCAUGGGCCGAGGAAUCACCCUGCGCUGUGCCGCGCAUGCUGGAUCCUCUCCUCUCCUCUACCAGUGGUCCAAGGAGGCAGAGCGGCCCUUUGGGAACUGGCCACUCCCUGCCACUGCAAAAGGCCUGAAUCCCGGCGACCUGGUCAUUCAGAGCCUGUCGCGUGAACAUGUGGGCAUUUACCAGUGCACCGUGGCCAACAAGGUCGGAUCUGUCCGGUGUACUCUCGAGGUUUCCUUUUCAGCAGAUUCCAACCAGGUGGGCAUCAUCGUGGGAGCGGUCUUCGGCUCUCUGCUGCUGCUUCUGCUCCUCCUGGGCCUGACCGUGGCGCUCAUUUGCUGCUGCCGAAGGAAGCGGGACAAAGAACAGGCCAAUCAGAUCAGGGUCGACACAGCUCCGCCUCGGAGACGGGCUGAGAGCCGGAACAGCAGCCUGCGGUCCAUCCUAGGCUACAUGCCCUACAAUCUCAGCUUCUCGCAACGCCGCAAAUACGAGCCGCCCAAGGAACAAGAAGGGGUAGAGAUGGUCACCCCAGCAAGCGACACAGACCUCAGCCUUCAUGCCAACUGCAGCAACGCGGGGAGCGAAAGCCGCAAGAGUGGGUGUCCGUCCAGGGUCACCACCCAGGCCAGGAUCCACUGCCCGCCCAACACGCCUUCCUCUGCCCGUGGGAAAACUGGAGUCACCGCUUCCUCCUCGCAGUCGCCCAGUGGUGCAAAUCCAGGAAGCAGCUCCGGUACUUCCAGCCGGGACCCAGCCCAGGGGAAGCAGAACCAUCCUAGCCAAUAUGGAGGAGUUCCCGUGAUGGUGUCAGCCCAGAGCAGAGACGGCCUCGUGGUAUAG